CGGUCUCACCUGCUGCGCGUGCGUGGCUGUGCCGAUUCCAAGUUGCGUUAGGAUGGAUGACGCCCCAGAGGGUGGAGGUGGUGUGGGUACUAAUCAGACAGGCAGAUCAUCAUCUGCUGUGACCAUGAAGAAUGAUGAGCCCCUUACUGAGGGACAGCAGGGUUUCAGCACCUACUGUACACAACCAGAGAUGCCCAGUCCAGUGUCCCCAGUGCCCAGCUGUGUGUCCAUGAAAAGUGACUGGUCCAUAAAGGAACCCCCAACCUUCAGCAGUGGACCUCCACAGUCUGACUCAAAUAUGUUCAGGAACAUUCUAAACAACAGUCAAUCCAGGUGUGGUGUAUGUGAGCAGCUACAGAGUUCCCCAGUCAUCAUCACCUGUGGACACAGUUUCUGCAGCCAGUGUAUCAGCAGCUACUGCAGCCAGUCUGGUCCAUCAGGAGUCUACAGCUGUCCCCAGUGCAGACAGAGAUGCAGAAUUCAAACUGUUAUCAAUCCCGACACAACCAUGGCACAACCCCUCCUGCAUUCACAUGGGCCUAUAGCACAAACUCUUCCAUACACAAGCAUUGUGCAACCCAAUGUAUACCCCUCUGCGUAUAUUGCGCCCCCUAACCUAUACCUCUCUCAAGCCGCUGUACAAUCUACUGUAAACCCAUCUGCAACCAUGGUACAGCCUACUGUAAAUCCUAAUGCAAUCAUAAUGCAACCUUCUGCACACAUUUCUGCAUCCAUGGGACAACAUGCCCUAUACCAUUCUGCAACCAUGCCACAACACACUGCAAACCCAUCUGCAACCAUGCAAAACCCCUACCUUUACCAUCACAAUAAAUUGCUGGAACUUCAUCUCGCCAGACCUCCAUCAUUGCCACACGUGUCUCCAUACCAACAUACAUACCUGAAGCAGCAUCCUCUAUACUCAGAGAUGGGACAGGAUUGUCUAAAUCCACAUAUGCCUAUGGCACAGUCCUCUCCACAGCCUCCUGAUGUCAUUGCACAAUAUCCUCCAUACUCAAACUCAGAGAUGAGGCAGGAUCCUCUACAUCCUCACAAGCGUGCAGCACAGCCUUCUCCACAGCCUCCUUUAGUUCAGCACACAGCAGCCAGCAACCACGUCCAGACUAACCAGGCUACAGCUAAAAGGGCAAGACUAGCAGGCAACUGUGACCUCAAUAGUGUACUGAUGAGCCAUAAAGCCAAAAUGAAGAAGAGGUUUGAGAGUAUAUCUGAAGGCAUCAUAAGGCAGGGGGCCCAAACACUACUGAACAAGAUCUACACAGAGCUCUACAUCACUGAGGGAGAGAGCGAAGACGUGAAUAACGAGCAUGAAGUUUGGCAGGUAGAAGCAGCAUCCAGACCACAAACUACAGAUGACACAGCCAUCAACUGCAAUGACAUCUUCAACCCCGUACCUGGACAGGAGGGACAUAUAAGAAGUGUCAUGACAAAGGGGAUAGCUGGCAUCGGAAAAACAGUCUCAGUGCAGAAGUUCAUCCUUGACUGGGCAGAAGACAACGCUAAUCAGGAUAUGGAUUUCAUGUUUGUGCUUCCAUUUCGUGAGUUAAAUUUGGUCAAAGAUGCCCAAUACAGUCUUCACAGGCUCCUGCUUGACUUCCACCCUGAGCUUAGUGAGUUGGACAAUAGUGAAUACAAAGAUUGCAACAUCAUAUUCAUCUUUGAUGGUCUGGAUGAGAGUCGACUUCAACUGGAUUUUCAAAAGAAUGAGAAGGUUUCAGAUGUAACACAGUUGUCACCUGUGAAUGUGCUGAUGACGAGCCUCAUUCAAGGAGCCCUGCUUCCCUCGGCUCGAAUCUGGAUAACCUCCAGACCAGCUGCAGCCAAUCAGGUCCCUUCCCAGUGUGUGGACCUGGUGACAGAAGUACGCGGGUUCAGUGACCCACAGAAGGAAGAAUACUUCAGGAAGAGGAUCAAUGACCACAGUCUAGCCGACAGACUUAUCACACACAUUAAAGCAUCCAGAAGCCUCUUCAUUAUGUGCCACAUGCCAGUCUUCUGUUGGAUUGCUGCCACUGUCCUUCAACAGAUACUGGAAGAAGAAAAUGGGAGCGAAGCUCCUAAAACUCUGACAGAGAUGUUCAUACACUUCCUGCUCAUCCAGACCACCAGGAAGCACCAGAAGUAUCAAGAGGAAACUGAAGCAGAUAGACAGAGGCUUCUAGAGUCCCACAAGAGUGUCAUUCUGAAACUGGCAGAGCUGGCCUUCACACACCUGGAGAAUGGCAAUCUCAUGUUCUAUGAAGACGACCUGAGAAAGUGUGGCAUUGAUGUCAGUGAAGCAUCAGUGUACUCUGGAAUGUGCACUGAGAUCUUCAGGGAGGAAUGUGUGUUUGAACACCAGAAGGUCUACUGCUUUGUCCAUUUGAGCAUCCAAGAGUUUCUGGCUGCUCUGCAUGUGUUCUCAUCUUACAUAAAUAAGAAUGUGGAGGUCUUGGGACAGUUUGUGAAAAGAAAUAAAAGGAUAACAGCAUUGCCACUUCAUGAGCUAUUGAAGAGUGCAGUGAACAAAGCUUUGGAAAGCAAGAAUGGACAUCUUGAUUUGUUUGUUCGAUUCCUUCAUGGCAUUUCCCUCACGUCAAAUCAUGGACUCAUGCUUGGCCUCCUGACACACACCCACAGCAGUUCGAAGAGUGUGGCGAAAACAAUCAAGAACCUGAAGGUGAUGCAGAGACAAAACAUCUCCCCCGAAAGGUGCAUCAAUCUAUUCCACUGCCUGGUUGAAAUGCAUGACUCGUCUGUCCAUGAUGAAAUACAGGCUUACCUCAAGGCAGAGAAGGGAUCAGUCAAACAGCUUUCACUGGCCCACUGCUCUGCCUUGGCUUAUAUGCUUCUUAUGUCUGAUGAGGUGCUGGAUGAGUUUGAUCUGAAGAAAUACAAGACCACAGAUGAAGGUCGCAGGAGACUGGUCCCAGUUGUACGAUGCUGCAGAAAAGCAAUACUUGGUGGUUGUCAGCUGUCGGAUGAAUCCUACAAAGCUCUGGCCUCUGCCCUGCAGUCCUGUGUCUCCCUGACAGAGCUGGAUCUGGCUGAUAAUAACAUGAGUGUGCAUGGAGUCCAGCUUCUAUAUACAGCAUUACACCACAACAACUGCAAACUGCAGACAUUAAGACUGUCUGGUUGUCAGCUCACUGAUAAAUCCUGUGAGGUUGUGGCCAAUGCUCUACAAUCAGCAAACACCCUGCUGGAGAUGGAUCUGAGUAACAAUGCCUUGGGAGAUUCUGGAGUUGAAUUCAUCUGUAAGGGGCUGUCUAGUCCUCACUGUAAGCUGCAGACAUUAAGACUUGGUGGUUGUCAGCUGUCGGAUGAAUCCUACAGAGCUCUGGCCUCUGCCCUGCAGUCCUGUGCCUCCCUGACAGAGCUGGAUCUGGCUGAUAAUAGCAUGAGUGUGCAUGGAGUCCAGCUUCUAUAUGCAGCAUUACACCACAACAACUGCAAACUGCAGACAUUAAGAUUGACUGGUUGUCAGCUCACUGAUAAAUCCUGUGAGGUUGUGGCCAAUGCUCUGCAGUCAGCAAACCCCCUGCUGGAGAUGGACCUGAGUAACAAUGCCUUGGGAGAUUCUGGAGUUGAAUUCAUCUGUAAGGGACUGUCUAGUCCUCACUGUAAGCUGCAGACAUUAAGACUAGUUGGCUGUCAGCUGUCGGAUGAAUCCUACAAAGCUCUGUCCUCUGCCCUGCAGUCCUAUGUCUCCCUGACAGAGCUGGAUCUGGCUGAAAAUAACAUGAGUGUGCAUGGAGUCCAGCUUCUAUAUACAGCAUUACACCACACAAACUGCAAACUGCAGACAUUAAGGAUCUCCCCUAACUAUAUCUCAGGUGAUGGUUGUGUUUGGCUGGCUUUCACUCUGAUGUCAAACCCCUCCGCUGCAACAAGACUGGAUUUGGACAACAGCCUCCCUACAAACUCAGCACAGGAGUUAUUACUUGCCUCAUGGAGGAGUCCUGCAAAUGGGGUUAAAAGUCUUCAACUACCUGGUUGUAAACUCACCGAUAAAUCCUGUGAGGUUGUUGCCAAAACUCUACAAUCAGCAAACCCCCUGCUCGAGCUAGACCUGAGUAAAAACGCCUUGGGAGAUUCUGGAGCUAGGACUCUCUCUAACGGGCUGUCUAGUCCUCACUGUAAACUGCAGAUAUUAAGACUUGCUCAUUGUAAUCUAACAGAGAACGCCUGUAAGGUUGCAGCUUCUGCAUUGCAGUCCUUGGUGUCCCUGACGGAACUGGACCUGAGUGGUGGUGACCUGAAGGAUUCUGGAGUGCAGCUUCUGUCUCCCGGUCUACAUACACCCCAGUGUAAACUAAGGGUAUUAAGACUAUCUGGUUGUCAGCUCACUGAUAAAUCCUGUGAGGUUGUGGCCAAUGCGCUGCAAUCAGCAAACACCCUGCUGGAGAUGGACCUGAGUAACAAUGCCUUGGGAGAUUCUGGAGUUGAAUUCAUCUGUGAGGGACUCUCUAGUCCUCACUGUAAGCUGCAGACAUUAAGGCUCAACCGGUGUGACCUCUCCAAAGCCAGCUAUGACGUGAUGGCAUCAGUGCUGCAGCGGCCAUCUUCCCGUCUGCGAGAACUGGACAUGAGUGACAACGAUCUGCAGGAUGGAGGAGUAGAGCUGCUCUGUGUGGGACUGAAACAUCCACAAUGCAAACUCGAGACACUCAGGUUGUCUGUUUGUCAGAUCUCAUCCAAGGGUUGUUCUUUCCUGGCGUCUGCCCUCAAAUCAAACCCCUCCUACCUAAAGGAGCUUGAUCUUACCUACAAUCACCCAGGAAACUCGGGUGUCAGGGAACUCUCAGACAGACUGAAUGAGCCUAACUGUAAGCUAGAGACUCUCAGGUUUGAUCAUGGAGGAGAAUGCAGAAUGAAACCAGGACCCAGAAAAUAUGCCUGUGAGCUGACACUGGACCCCAACACAGCACACAGCCGCCUCUCUCUCUCUGAGGGGAACAGGAAGGUGACAUGGGGGGAGCAGCAGCAGUAUCCUGACCACCCAGACAGAUGUGACGACUGGUAUCAGGUGCUGUGUAGAGAGGGUCUGACUGGACACUGCUACUGGGAGGCUGAGUGGAGUGGUGAUGGGGCUAAUAUAUCAGUGGCAUAUAGAAGCAUCCAGAGGAAAGGAGGGGGUGAGAACUUGUUUGGACUGAAUGACAGGUCCUGGAGUCUAGAGUGCAGUAUUUACAGUUACUAUGUCUAUCACAAUAAUAAGAGUAUUAAGAUACCCGCCCCCUCCCCCCGCUCCAGCAGAGUAGGAGUGUACCUGGACUGGCCAGCAGGCACUCUGUCCUUCUACAGCGUCUCCUCUGACACACUCACCCACCUGCACACGUUCCACUCCACAUUCACUCAGCCCCUCUAUCCUGGGUUUAGGGUUAUUUAUCUUGGCUCCUCAGUGUCCCUGUGCCAGAUCACAUGAGCUCCUGCUGCUGCUCAUGACACACACACCUGUAUCACACACACACACACACA